AUGGAGGACGAGAACAUGACCCAACCCCGAGCAUCGACUCGCUCACGCAUCCCACAGGCAGGACUUCGUGAGAUGAAUUCUGCAACCACCAAUUCCCGAUCAGGCAUGUCGGGUAUCCCGCCACCAGGAUCGAUCGCAAACAAAGUUACUAGUUCCCCGACCCGACCAAAGACAGCCAAUCCAGUCGAAACUAAGAGACCGCCGUCCGUCGCUCGCACUAACACUGGUACGACCAAGACACAUGCCCGCGGCAACUCAUUCGCCUCUUCUACCAUGUCACGACCCGGCUCAACAACCUCUCGACCGACGACUGGCGCAUUCUCAGCCACCCUUGGUUCUUCUUCGCGACCAGCCUCCAUUGUGCCGCGACCUCAUUCAUCUAUCGGUACUCGCAAGCUCAACUCCCCAUCGAUGAUUCGCCCAACUACCUCAUUGGAUACUCAUGCUGAAGAUGCCGCGGCCAGCGUCCUUGGAAAACGAAAGGGCUCCGAAUGGGACCAAGAGUCGAGAGAGAAGAACAUGGAGGACUUUUUUAUGAAAUUCAUGUCCAAAAUGAGCGAGCAUGGCCAGCAAAGCUCAGGACUCAAGGACGCCAUUGACGUGUACAGAACAAGAGUUGAAGAGCUUGAAACCGCCCGCGAUGGGCUUAAAGAGACCAAUCUGACUCUGCGCGUGGAAAUGGAGUCGUUGAAGAGCCAGCUAAGUGCGGCAGAAUUUGCUCUCAAGGACGCUAAACGGGAUCAAGAAAUCGCAAUGGAUGAUCUUGAACAGCGGCAAAGAAUUGAAAUGGAAUCGAUAAGAGAAGACGGUAAAAAAGAGGCGGAAGCGUUACGAGCUCGCCAUCAGGAUGAACUCCGAGAGCUCAAGCGAAAAUUUGAAAGUGAAAUCGCCGACGAGAAAGCUGCACGAGUCCGAGAACUCAGUCAGCUCACGUCGCAAUCUGCAUUGGACGUCCAAAAGUCUGAAAUCCAAUUAGAUAACAAGAACCGGGAAGUUUUGGCCGCGCAGAACCAGAUUCAGUCCUUGAAAGCAGACUUGGACCGAGAGCGAAGAAAUGCGCAUGAGCUUCGUCAGAACUUGGAUACUGCCAGCAGCAACAGCGUUACCUUAGAGUCAACGAUCCGAGCAUUGAAGGCCCGAAUUGAAUUCCUCGAAGGGGGGAGAGAAGAACAAUCACAAGCCUUUGAACGCUGCAACCAGCAGAUGAUGGACGCUCUUUCCGAGACCGAGGCAACCAAGGAGAAGUUACGCAAGGAGGAGACUCUGCGUCGCAAGCUUCACAACCAAGUGCAAGAGCUUAAGGGUAAUAUUCGAGUAUUCUGCCGUGUCCGGCCACCCCUCAACAGUGAGCCAGCGACAGAGAUCGCACCGAUGCUCUACCCUGACCUAUCGGAGGAUGCAAAGGAGAUCAAUAUUAUGGGCCCAGAGGAAAAGAGCAGCCUGGGAACUCUCUCUCGCAAAAACAAUACCUUUGCGUUUGACCGGGUUUUCGGCCCCUCGACUCAGAACGGUGAAGUCUUUGAUGAAAUCAGCCAGCUGGUCCAGAGUGCUCUGGAUGGCUACAAUGUGUGCAUCUUUUGUUACGGCCAAACUGGUAGUGGUAAGACGCAUACCAUGUCUUCACAAGAUGGUAUGAUUCCUCGCGCAGUCCAUCAAAUCUAUGAGACCGCGCAAGGCCUGGAAGAGAAGGGCUGGCGAUACACAAUGGCCGGCAACUUUGUUGAGGUCUAUAAUGAGAACCUAAAUGAUUUGCUCGGCAACCCGGACGAGCUCGAUAAGAAGAAGCUUGAAAUUCGGCACGACAUGCAGCGCGGCAAGACCAUAAUCACCGACAUCACCACUGUUCAGCUUGAGUCCCCUGAAAUGGUUGAAUCUAUGCUUAAGCAUGCAGCCGCCAAUAGGUCUGUUGCAGCCACCAAGGCCAACGAGCGUUCCUCUCGAUCCCACUCGGUUUUCAUCUUGAAGUUAAUUGGUGAGAACCAUAUCACUGGAGAGCGUAGCGAAGGCACUCUCAAUUUGGUCGAUUUGGCUGGAAGCGAGCGUCUGAGUCACAGCGGAGCUACAGGCGAGCGCCUCAAGGAGACGCAGAACAUCAACCGCAGUCUCAGCUCUCUUGGUGAUGUUAUCGCCGCACUCGGCCAAGGCAAGGAGGGCGGCCACAUCCCAUACCGGAAUAGCAAGCUCACAUAUCUCCUUCAAUUCUCGCUGGGCGGGAACUCGAAGACACUUAUGUUUGUCAUGGUCAGCCCUCUGCAGGCUCAUCUCUCUGAGACCUUGACUAGCUUGAAGUUUGCUACGAAAGUCCACAACACCCACAUUGGCACCGCCAAGCGCCAAGCGCGUGUCCGUGACUCUUGA